UAUGUGUCUACUGUUUUUACAGGGUCCAGUGCUGUGACUCAAGUGUUCGUGCAGAGAGGAAAAGAUGUUCUUCUGAACGUCACAGAAACAGUUGUUCUUCAGAAAGAUGAUGAUCUUAUCUGGAGAUUCAAUAAAACGAGCAACUUAGUAAGAUUUAUUCCUGGGGGAAAGACAACAAUCUUUACUAAUUACAAGGGAAGGGCUGAGUUUUUUGAACAAAAUCACUCUGUGCAACUGAAGAAUCUACAAGCAGCAGACAGUGGAGUUUAUGAUGCACGAGUGGUAGGGGAUAAAGACCGACCAGUAGCUGAAUACACCGUUACAGUUCAAGAUCCAGUGUCUGAAGUUGAGCUGAAUGUGACUCAAGAUGGAGGUGCCUCUGGGAGCCCAGAUUCUUGUAACGUCAAUGCAAUCUGCAGAACAGCGGAUUCUGAAAUCAGCAGCACUUUUAGAUGUGUUCAUCAAACCUGCUCUCAGGAUGAAGGAGAGCAAUCAACGGUCACAAACUCUGGUUCUUCUCUUCAUAUUUACCUGUCGGAUGUACUGAUCAUCUGCAACCACAGCAACCAGGUCAGCCGGACCAAAGCCACGAGAGAGAUUCAAGAUUUCUGCAAACUAGAUCCUGUGAUUCAACCACUUUACAUCUAUGUUACUGUUGGGAUUGUGAUUGUGCUUGUUGUCCUCAUCAUAACUGGAAUCUUUGUUUAUCGUCGAAUAAGCAGAACAUAUAACACAAAGAACAUUGAAAAUACAGUGUAUGACACUCCUCAGGUCAUAACAGCCCAAACUCGGGAUGAUGCUUCACCCAAUGAUGCUUCAGGUCCUUCAUCUAUCUACAGCUGUGCAGGGUUUCCUACUAGAUCCACUGAGACAGAAGUCAAGCCUCCACCAGAGAGUAUAUACUCAACGGUACAAAAGCCAGCCAGAAAUCUGCAGGAACUGUAGUCCAGUGAUUCUCAACUGGUGAGUCACGACCCAAAAGCGGGUCACGGAUCUGUUCUGGCUGAGUCGCGGACAGCUGUUCAAAAAUUAAUAAUAUAUAAUACGCGUGUCAGGUUAGACUUGUUUUUCAUUUUGAAAAAACUUGUGUUUUGACAGGCAUGGUACCCAUAGUGUGUUUGAUGUUCAUUUUAAGUUUGUGUUGAUGUUGGCAUGCAAGAUGGCAAAGUGCAAAUAUGAUCCAGAGUAUUGAGAAUGUGGAUUUUUGUACUAGGGCUCGACUUGAACAGCCAAAUCACUGUGCGCUGUUCUGGAAUCGGGAUAGCAAUUUUGAUUUCUGAAUAUCUGAAUAUUCCCGCCUCCGCUGCCAAUGCAGCACUGUGACCAUCGGCCGGACCGAAUGCUCAGCACCCCCCCCGUCUGAAUAGUAAUAUAGUGAAAAUAUGUUGUUUUGUGCCCUUAUUUAUUUUGUGCAGUUUUUUACAUGCGGUUGUCAUGGUCCAGUUACUAUGCAUGGUUAUAUGCUCUGAAAUGCAUGUUGCACAGGAAAAUAUAUUGAAUAUUGAAUUCUGAAAAAAGUGGGUUGUGCCUUUGUGACCAUGGGAAAAUGUGGGUCCCAGGGUUAGACCAGUUGAGAACCUUGAUGCAGUCCACAUACUGGUCUUAUAUCUGUUUCCAGUUUGCUUCAAAAUGCUCGAGUGUUUUGCCCUGGUUGAUGCAAGGACACUUGGUCCAGUUUUCUCCCAAGUAAACCCAACAACCUGUCUUUUAGAUCCAAUUCCCACAUCACUUUUAAAAUCAUUUCAUGGAUUCUUUGAGGAACAGUUUUUAAACAUUAUGAAUUGCUCUCUUUCAACAAGUGUCUUCCCCACCGACUUUAAAAUGGUGGUGGUGAGGCCCCUUCUGAAGAAGAACAAUUUAGACCCCAUUGGUUUUAAUAUCUAUCGACAUGUAUCCAAUUUACCUUUUUUAAGUAACAUUUUUGGGGAAAAAAGUUUUUUUUUAACCAAAUGAAUGAUUUUUAAAAUCAGAAAUAACAUUUUAGAAAGACAUCAGUCUGGUUUUAGGAUGAACCGCAGCACAGAGACAGCACUUUUAAAGA